CGCGCCGGGGGCGUGGCCGUGGACACGUGGUGCGGAACCGGUGUCCGACCUGCUGCGGGCAGAACUGACCUGUGGCUCUUCCAAGAAUCUUCAAGAUCUGUGCCUGGGGUCUGGUUGAAAGAUGUCGGCCCUUACUACCCUGUUUAAGUACAUCGAUGAAAAUCAGGAUCACUACAUUAAGAAACUUGCAAAAUGGGUGGCCAUCCAGAGUGUGUCCGCGUGGCCCGAGAAGAGAGGCGAGAUCAAGAGGAUGAUGGAAGUCGUGGCUGCAGACAUCAAGCAGCUGGGCGGCUCCGUGGAGCUGGUGGACAUCGGAAAACAAAAGCUCCCCGACGGCUCGGAGAUCCCCCUUCCUCCCAUCCUGCUGGGCAAGCUGGGCUCCGACCCGCGGAAGAAGACGGUGUGUGUCUACGGCCACCUGGACGUGCAGCCCGCGGCGCUGGAGGACGGCUGGGACAGCGAGCCCUUCACCCUGGUGGAGCGGGACGGCAAGCUGUAUGGGAGAGGCUCCACCGAUGACAAGGGGCCGGUGGCCGGCUGGGUGAACGCCCUGGAAGCUUACCAGAAGACAGGCCAGGAGGUUCCUGUCAACAUCCGGUUCUGCCUGGAAGGCAUGGAGGAGUCGGGCUCCGAGGGUCUGGAUGAGCUGAUCUUUGCACAGAAAGACAGAUUCUUUAAAGACGUGGACUACAUCUGCAUCUCUGACAACUACUGGCUGGGGAAGAAGAAGCCGUGCAUCACCUACGGCCUCAGGGGCAUCUGCUACUUCUUCAUCGAGGUGGAGUGCAGCGACAAGGACCUCCACUCGGGGGUGUACGGGGGCUCGGUGCACGAGGCCAUGACCGAUCUCAUCUCCCUGAUGGGCUCCCUGGUAGACAGGAAGGGGAACAUCCUCGUCCCCGGCAUUAACGAGGCCGUGGCCACCGUGACGGAGGAGGAGCACUCGCUCUACGACCACAUCGACUUCGACAUGGAGGAGUUCGCCAAGGACGUGGGGGCCCAGACCCUCCUGCACGGCUGCAAGAAAGACAUCCUCAUGCACCGGUGGCGGUACCCGUCCCUGUCCCUCCAUGGCAUCGAAGGCGCCUUCUCCGGGGCAGGGGCCAAGACCGUGAUUCCCAGGAAAGUGAUCGGCAAGUUCUCCAUCAGGCUCGUGCCCAACAUGACUCCCGAAGUCGUCAGUGAGCAGGUUACAAGCUACCUGACCAAGAAGUUUGCGGAACUACACAGCCCCAACAAGUUCAAGGUGUACAUGGGCCACGGUGGGAAGCCCUGGGUAUCCGACUUCAACCAUCCUCAUUAUGUGGCUGGGAGGAGAGCCCUGAAAACAGUUUUUGGUGUUGAACCAGACUUGACCAGGGAAGGCGGCAGUAUUCCUGUGACCCUGACCUUUCAGGAGGCCACAGGCAAGAAUGUCAUGCUGUUGCCUGUGGGGUCAGCGGACGACGGUGCUCACUCCCAGAAUGAAAAGCUCAACAGGCACAACUACAUAGAAGGAACCAAGAUGCUGGCGGCGUACCUGUAUGAGGUGUCUCAGCUGAAGGACUGAGGCCAGUCCCCAUGGAGCGCCGCCUCCGACCGGAGCCCUGCCCGCGCCCUCCCCCGACCUGCUCGGGAGAGCGGACUCCCCUCCCCUCCCCCGCCUGUCAGGCCGCAGAUGCCUCCAAGAGCAGACGCCAGUGUGUCCAGCUGCCCCGCGGGCGGAGCUCCCUGCACCGGCAGUUAGAAACGGUCGGUCCUGGGGGUUAUCGGGGACCUGGCAACAGCUGCGUCGCCCAGGCAGGGUCUCAGAGUGGUCGAUAUGACGUGACCUCCAGAAAACAGCCCAGCUCCAAAGGCACAAGUUCUUCUGUGGAAAGUUCUGAUUGUCAUCGAGUGGGACAAACAGAGGACUUGACGCCUCUGUCUCAGGUGGUGCACACCUGGAAUCUUCGGGAAGGAAAUGAGGAGAGAAGUGACCCCCGACUGUCUGGGGUCCUGCCCUUGUCUCAGGACCUUGACCACGGCUGGCAUUUCCCCUUUUCUCUUUACUGGGCUCCCGCCAAACCCAGCCUAACUGGAAGGAUCGUCUUGUCUUGUCUGUGCUGCUGAAUAAAGGUAGAAAUGAAGCCUCCAAAA